AUGCGUGUACACAACUACAUGGUACUGUUGGCCGUUGUGUUGACCCCGCAAGUCACCGCAGCCCCAAACUUUAGCGAAAACUCGACUUAUCUCCCCGUCGUAGAUCUAGGCUAUGCAAGUACCUUUCGAACCAUUGCCUAUCUUCUUGUUGGUCGUCAAACUGAUAGGGAAUUCAUUCAGGAACUCCACCGUGCCCUCUGGCACAACCCCGACACCGACCUCUACAAAUUCCAAAACACUGGCGUUGGGACGCGCAUAUGCCCGCAAGGUCGGCCCCAAUGGCAGGCCAAGACGCUGAUGGCCAUCGGCAAGUACUCAAACCCGACGUUGCCCUUUACCUUGGAGGGCUGGGUGGAGGCAAUCGAGAACGGGAUGGUGCCGCCGGGCAACAUCAAUGCAAAUGCGACCGAGGAUUGUUUGCUGCUAGAUGUGCAUGUUCCCAAGAAGGUGCUUAAGGCGGCGGGGACGGAGGUUACGGAGGGUGUGCCGGUGCUUGUAUUCAUCCACGGCGGCGGCGGCGUCUUCGGCUCCAAAGACGGCUCCGGCCCCACCUGUUUCGAACCCUCGGGCAUCCUGGCCCAGGCCCGAUCUGCGUUUAACCAGGACUUCGUCUUCGUUACCCUCAACUACCGUCUCGGCGCCUUUGGCUGGCUCAACAGUGCCCAGGUACUUGCGGACGGCGACGCUAACGCGGCCCUCCUCGACCAGCGCUUCGCCCUCCAGUGGGUUCAGGAUAAUAUUCACCUGUUCGGCGGGUCCAAGGACCACGUGACGAUUAUGGGGGAAUCUGGGGGUGGGAGUUCGGUUCUUCAUCACUUGAUCGCUGCUGGCGCCAAGUCUAAGCCGGCGAAGAAGUUGUUCCAGCAGGCUAUUUCUCAGAGUCCCGCUGAUGUACCCGUGGCGACCAGCGACCCAGAUGAGCUUUACGACGGGUUCCUGUCCAUCCUCAAAGCUGAUAACCUAGACGACGCCAGGUCCAUGUCCUCCGCUACUAUCAUCGCCGCCAACGCCGCCCAGAUUGCCGCCUUCCCCCACACAAACUAUGUUCACGCCCCCAUCACCGACUGCGACACCUCCUUCGGUCCUGUAGUCAAAUCUCUGCAGGAAGGCAAGUUGGAUAAGUCGGUGAAAGUAAUGGCCGCGCACAAUAUCUUCGAAGGCGGGUUCUUCUUCGAUCCGAGCGUGAAAACAGAUGGGGACUUUCAUGAGUGGUUGAGGAGGUCGCUCCCAGGCCUGGAUGGGGAGCAAAGGGGGGAGUUGGCCGACAAAAUAUAUCCACCUCUGUAUGAUGGGUCGUUGGGAUAUGUGGACAUGGAUACCAGGCAGAUGAGAGUGUGGGGUGAGUCGACCAUUGAUUGUCCCUUCAACGCUAUCAGCCAGGCUACCAAGGACACGAGCUACGCUUACGAGUUUGGUGUCUCCCCUGGUUUCCACAUCCAGGACCUCUCCUACACCUUCGGCAACCCCGCUACCGCCAUACGCCCGUCUCAAAAGUCUCUCCAACUCGCCAUCGCUAGCUUUGUCCUGAAGGGUGUGCCAGUCCUGGAGGGCGGAAAGGAGUUCCCCGUGUUUGGCGACGAGGGUCUACUGGUAAAUAUCACGGCCGUGGGGGCCGUGCCUUCGGUGCUCAAUAAUCUCAACCAAACCAGGUGUAAGUGGUGGACGUCAAUUGCCUAA